AUGACGUGCUUCAAACCUCUCCCGCUACUAAACCUGACCGGGAACUGGGUGAUGGAAAAAAGUUUAUCGACGGACCUCGACCCAUUAAUGAAGCUGCAACGCAUAAACUGGCUUCUUCGACAAGCUGUCCGACAUGUCUCCAUCACAUUCACAUUCACCGAAUACGCCAGCAUUGCGGCAGAUGGCUCGCUGCUAGCAUUGCACCUGGACGUUGUACACACAGCAACGGGUGGGUUUAAAGGUACAACCGAGAAACGGACGCUGGACUGGAACCCUCAUGUCCAUCGUGAUUAUGUUUUCGGGACCCUUAGUGUUCGGAGUCGACUUGUUGGGGGAGUGAAGGAUGAAGAUGGCCAUGUUCGACCUGCGCUGGAGCUGGAUACACGGGAUCUAGUUGAUAGGGUGUAUGACUUCCUAAGGGGGAGAGUUUCUGUCACGGGUGAGCCUGAGGAAGGGUUCUUGGUGGAAGAGACGCUUCGGGAGUAUGCUUGGUUGCAUACCGUGUCUCGCAGUGAAGAAGUGGGAUGGACGAUGGAACAGGUAUGGGGUUUUGAAAUGAUCGGCGGUGAACGCUACCAUACGCGACGAGUUGUGGUUCUCGGCAAGGCUGGAGAUUAUGCUCUAGCCCGUCUGGUGUAUAGAUCACAAGGCGAAGUUGGCCAAUCAUAG